AUGCGACGCCACACUCCCGGCCUUCUCGUCGCCAAGCUCCUCCGUGCCUCGUCGCUUUUCAUACCCCCGUCCGUCCUCGCCGCCCGCGCGUCUUCGUUCCACCAUGCGCCGGACAAUGCCCACCGCCUGCUCGACGAAACGCCGCACGGGAGGGCGGCCGCCAUCGUACGUGCCCUCACGUCCGCCGCCUCCUCCUCCGGUGACACGGACCGCAUCGCGUGCCUCCACUGCGCGUCCCUCAAGUCGGGAGCCGUGCUGGACCCGCCCGUUCGCACGUCCCUGCUCGCGGCGUACGCCAGGGCCGGGCGCGGCGCGGGAGCCGGAGCCGGCGCCGCCUUGGCGCUCUUCUGCGAGGCCGUCGCGCCCGACGUGAUCAUGUGGAACGCGGCCAUCGGCGCCCUGACGAUGAGCUGCCGAUACGACGACGCCGCGGCUCUGUUCAGGAGGAUGGCGCGCGAGCUCGGGGAGUUCGAUUCCACGACCGUGGUCGUCAUGCUGUCUGGGGCGUCCCGCGCGGGUAACCUUCGGCGUGGGAUGGAGCUUCAUGGCAUGGCGGCCAAGAGGUGCCUCGGCGCUCAUUGUCUCAGCGUGUGGAACGCUCUCGUUGACAUGUAUGCAAAGUGUGGGGAUUUUGACUCCGCCGAGGUUGUGUUCCAGAGCAUGCCGUGCAGGGACACCAACUCAUGGAACUCUGUCAUAAGUGGAAGCAUUUUUAAUGGUUUUGCUAAGGUUUCAGCGUGGUACUUCAGGGAAAUGAGCUGCUCCAUCUUCCAGCCAGAUGAGGUGAGCCUCUCUUCUAUCCUCUCAGCCUGCUCUCGUCUAGAUGAUCUCUUCUCCUUUGGGGAGUCUGUGCAUAGCUGUGCGGUCAAACUCGGUUAUGAGACUGCAUCUUGCUCGGUAGUGAAUUCUCUCAUGACGUUCUACUCUGAGUUUCGAAUGUCAGAGGCUGCGGAGAAGGUGUUUGCCAGCACUUUGAACAGGAACUUGGUAUCAUGGAAUGCAAUGAUCAGGGGGCUAGUCCAGAAUGAAAGAGUAACUGAAGCCCUUGCUGUUUUGAGGGAAAUGAGAUUGGAGAACCAGCCAGAUGUUGCCACUUUGGUGACCAUAAUUUCAGGUUGUGGCGAUCAAGGCCUACUUUCUGAAGGGAAAGCACUCCAUGGAUACAUAAUCAGAAUAGGACUUCUUAAUGAGGAGUCUUCUGUAGGAAAUAGCUUACUUGAUCUGUAUCUGAAAUGCGAUGAACCAUCUAAUGCAAGCCUGCUGUUUAGGACAAUGCCAAGAAGGGACUUGAUAUCAUGGAACACAAUGAUUUCUGGUUACUCAAGAAAUGAUCUGCUGCGAGAAGAGGCUCAGUUGAUGUUCAAAGAAUUACUUUCUGAAGGUUUAUCGUGCAGCUUGACCACUAUGCUAGCUGUCAUACCUUCAUGCUCUAAUCUAGAAAAACUUAGCUUUGGCCAAGCACUUCACUCUUUCAGCCUGAAGUGUGGAUUUACACGUAGCGGAGUUUCAGCUGUUAAUGCUUUGAUGCACAUGUAUUUGAGCUUUGGUGAUCCACUGGCCGCCUUUUCGCUGAUAGAAAGAAUAAUACCGGUGUCAGAUACCGUUUCAUGGAAUACAAUCAUAGUUGGUUGUCUACAAAAUGGACUCGACAAAGAUGCAUUGGAAGCCUUCCAGUUCAUGUAUUGUUCUUUGGCCAUAAAACCUGAUAGUAUCACAUUAGUUAGUGUCUUAUCAGCAUGUGGAAAUCUUAAUCUGCUAGCACUUGGGAAAUCCAUCCACUGCAUGAUCCUGAAGCACUUGCUUGCUUUCAAUUUGAGGGUGAAAAAUUCAUUAUUGACCAUGUAUUUCCGCUUUGGAGAUACUAGAAGUGCUGAGCUAGUCUUCUAUAGCAUGGGAGAGACAAAUUUGUGCUCCUGGAAUUGUAUGAUCUCUGGUUUCGCACAGAAUAACAAAGGCUGGAGAGCAUUGCAAUUCUAUCAGAAGAUGGAGGAUUUCACACCUAAUGAAAUAUCUGUAGUCGGUAUCAUCUGUGCUUGCACACAGCUUGGUGAUUAUAGACAAGGAAAGAGCAUACAUGGGCAUGUGGUCAGGUCUGUUCUGCACAAUAAUGUUUUUAUUUCAGCAUCACUUGUUGAUAUGUAUUGCAAGUGUGGGAGACUGGACAUUGCUGUCAGAGUAUUUGAAGCUUCUGCCGAAAAAUCAAUUGCGGGGUGGAACUCCAUGAUAUCAGCUUUUGGAUUCCAUGGCCAUGGGUUGAAAUCUAUAGAACUUUUCUGGAAGAUGAAUGAUUCUGGAUUGAAAGCCACGAAAAGCACCUUCAUUGCUCUAUUGUCAGCUUGCAUGCACUCUGGACUUGUUGAUGAAGGAUGGAAGUAUUAUCGCCUUAUGUCAGAAAAGUUUGGGAUCAUACCAGCCCCAGAACAUCAUGUUUGCAUUGUAGACAUGCUUGGGCGGGCUGGUCGGCUGGAGGAAGCACACAAAUUUGUGGAGAGCUUGCCAUCUCAGCAAGCACAUGGAGUUUGGGGUGCACUGUUAAAUGCUUGCAGUAGCAGGAGUGAACUCAAGAUGGGCGAAUCCAUCGCCAAGCAUCUGCUCCAUUUGGAGCCUGGAAAUAGCGGUUACUAUGUAACUAUGUCAAACCUUUAUGCAUACAGAGACAUGUGGAGUGGUGCAGUCCAAGUUAGGAGCCUUUUGCAAGACAAAGCGUUGGUGAAGCCCCAUGGUCACAGCAUUGUUGGUUAA